AUGAGGAUCAUCGACCCCCAAACCGCCGUCCUCACCAACGUCGAGGUCCUGGCCUACCUAACAGCCAACCCGCCGCGCCGACCCCCCAACCCACCACCAGGGUCGAGACAUUGGGUUCCCAGUCCUGAUUUACGAGACCAUAACACGGUUGUCAAGGAGAUUCACAAUUACAUUGCCCGCCUCGCCCCCCAUACAUUAAAGUACCCGCGUUAUGUGCACGACUCAGACCUUGCGCAUGCGAAGCAACAGCAGCAGCAACAAGCAGACCAGGAGAAAUCCAUAGCUGUAUCCCCGUCUAUUCCUUCGACAGAACCGACCCCCCUGGAUACCGCGUUGAGGGAUCUUGUGACGCGCCUGCAGCCGUUCGGGUUGACAAAGGGGGAGGUUCUAACGAUUGUGAACCUUGGGAUUGGAUUGGAAGAGAGCGAAGACGAGAAUGGGGAGGAACACGGGGCCGGAGACAGGAACGAAGAUGGGCAUGUGAAUGGAAUCGAAGCAGGUGUGGACGGGGAAGAUGUAGAGAUGGAAGAGGGAAACGGAGAAGAAGAAGAUAACAUCGAGCUUGCGGAGGAAGAUUACGGCGCCGUCGCCCUUUUGGACACGGUCAUCGAGGAGCGAGAGGAACGGCUGAAUGAUGAGGAUGUCGCGCGGAUUCUACGGGUGAUUCGGCAGACGUUAGGUAGGAGGGUGAAGUAG